AGUCAACUACGUUAUCUUAUUCUAUUGACUGUGAUAAUCGCAACCAGCAUUUUUUGCCACCUGCUUUCAGUCUUAUCUGAAUAACAAAUCAUUAAACUUCUGAAUAUUUUCACGAGCAAUUCUUUUUCAAUGCUGUUUUACCAACAAAUCAGAGUUAUUCAAUAAAUCAUUACUCCCUUUGAAAGAGUUUCAUCUAAGAAAUUCAAGGGCUUCUUUAUGAUUUAACCCCUUUACUUCACAGGCUCGCUCAACACCAUAAGCAUGUAGCAAAUGCUUCUAGUUAAUCCAAUUUGUUGACGACGUCAACCUCGAAUUAUUGGAAUACCUUGAUUAACAUUCCACAACUUAAAAUCAAUGGAAAUCUUCCGGGAGGUACUUCAUUUUGUGCAGAAAUUCUUUAUUUCGCUGUUCACAUGGUGCAUUACGUACCUGAUAAGAGGCUCGUCCAGGAGAAUCAAUGCUGUGGCUACCAUGCCUAAUCCAACAUUGGCGUCCUCCUCUUCUUUGGCCUAUGAAUGGACUUACGAUGUUUUCCUCAGUUUUAGAGGUGAGGAUACCCGCUUGGGUUUUACCGGACACCUUUAUCAUGCUCUGUGUGAAGUGGGAGUCAACACCUUCAUGGAUGAUCAAGGGCUGAGGAAGGGAGAAGAAAUCACACCAUUUCUAAUGAAGGCAAUUCAAGAAUCCAGGAUUGCUAUUGUGAUUUUUUCAGAAAACUAUGCAUCAUCAACGUUUUGUUUACAAGAACUUGUGAUGAUCAUGGAAUGCUUAAAACAUCAGGGCAGGUUGGUCUGGCCUGUUUUUUAUGAAGUGGAUCCAUCUGAUGUGCGCCAUCAGAAAGGAAGUUAUGCAGAAGCACUAGCCAAGCAUGAGACAAGAAUCAGUGAUAAGGACAAGGUGGAAAAAUGGAGGUUAGCUUUGCAAAAAGCUGCAAGUCUAUCUGGUUGGCAUUCCAAUCGAAGGUACGAAUAUGAUAUCAUUCGGGACAUCGUUCUAGAGGUCUCUAAAAAGAUCAAUCGGAACCCUUUACAUGUAGCUAAAUACCCAGUUGGCUUAGAGUCUCGCGUGCAGAAGGUAAAGUCACUUCUUGAUGUUGAGUCAAAUGAUGGAGUCCACAUGGUAGGGAUUUAUGGAAUAGGCGGAAUUGGAAAAACAACACUUGCAUGUGCAGUGUGCAAUUUCGUUGCUGAUCAAUUUGAAGGUCUUUCUUUUCUUUCUGAUGUUAGAGAAAAUUCUGAGAAGCAUGGACUGGUACACCUUCAGGAGACACUUCUUUCUGAUAUACUUGAGGAGAAAGACAUUAAGUUGGGGAAUGAAAAGAGAGGAACUCCAAUAAUUAAAAGUAGGCUCCGUAAAAAGAAAAUUCUUUUGAUUUUGGAUGAUGUUGACAAAAUGGAUCAAUUAGAACAUCUUGCUGGUGGACUUCAUUCAGUUGAUUGGUUUGGUUCUGGGAGCAGAAUUAUUAUAACAACUAGAGAUAUACAUCUGCUAGAUUUUUAUGGGAUUGAAAGAACCUAUGAAGUAGAUGGAUUAAAUCAAGAAGAAGCCCUUGAAUUGUUCAGCUGGAAUGCUUCCAGAAGAAAACAAAUUACUCCUAGUUAUCAGGAAAUUUCAAAAAGAGUAAUACAGUAUUCUAAUGGCCUUCCAUUAUCUCUAGAAAUAAUAGGUUCUGAUUUAUUUGGUAAAACAGUGUUGGAAUGUAAGUCAGCAUUAGAUCAUUAUGAAACAAAUCCUCAUGACGAUAUUCUGAAAAUCCUAAAAGUAAGCUAUGAUGGCUUAAAGGAAUAUGAGAAGAAAAUUUUUUUAGACAUGGCUUGCUUCUUUAAAGGAUAUGAACUUAGUGAUGUAAAAAACAUACUACAUAGUGGUCGUGGCUUAGCUCCAGACUAUGCUAUCCAGGUGUUAAUUGACAAGUGUCUGAUAAAAAUUGUUCAAUGUCGUGUGAGAAUGCAUAAUCUGAUUGAGAAUAUGGGUAAACAAAUUGUGCGACAGGAAUCACCCACAAAUUCUGGUGAACACAGUAGAUUAUGGUUCUCUAAAGAUAUUCUUCGUGUUUUAAAAAACAACAAGGGAUCCGAUAAAACUGAGAUCAUCAUGUUACACUUGCCCAAAGAAAAAGAAGUGCACUGGGAUGGAACAGCAUUGGAGAAGAUGAAAAACCUUAAAAUACUGGUGGUAAAAAAUGCUCGCUUUUCUAGAGGACCUAGUGCUCUCCCAGAAAGUUUAAGAGUGCUAAAAUGGUGUCGAUAUCCUGAAUCUUCGCUGCCUGCUGAUUUUGAUGCAAAAAAACUUGUCAUAUUGGAUUUGUCUAUGAGUUCCAUUACGUUCAAGAAUCCAAUGAUCAUGAUGAAAUUUAAGUACUUGAUGGAAAUGAAGUUGAGUGGUUGCGAAUUACUAAAAGAAGUAUCUGACAUGUCUGGAGCACCAAAUUUGAAGAAACUGCAUCUUGAUAAUUGCAAAAAUUUAGUUGAAGUUCAUGAUUCCGUUGGAUUCCUUGAUAAACUUGAAUGCUUGAACCUUAAUCACUGCACUAGUCUUAGGGUUCUUCCUCGUGGCAUGUACUUAACUUCUCUUAAAACCAUGUCCCUUAGGAGAUGCACAAGUCUCAUGAGUUUUCCAGAAAUUUUAGGGAAGAUGGAAAACAUAAGGUACCUUGAUUUGAUUGGCAGUGCCAUAAGUGUCUUGCCUUUUUCAAUUGGAAAUCUUGUUGGGCUCACUAGGCUGAAUCUGAAUAAAUGCACUGGGCUAGUUGAACUACCAAUUAGUGUUUUUAUGCUGCCCAAACUUGAGAACUUGGAAGCUAACUAUUGUGAUCGGCUUGCACAAGUACGGAAUGGAGAAGGUCAAGAUCAUGAAACGGUGUCUUCAAGUGUUAGGGAUGCUAAUUUUAACUAUUGUUAUCUGACAGAGAAGUUUCUUGCUACUCUUCUUCCUUGCUUGUGCAAUGUGACAUCUUUAUCCCUUAAUUCCAGCAAUAUCACAGUCCUUCCAUCAUCAAUCAGUGCCUGUCUCUCCUUGACCGAACUUUAUUUGAAUGAAUGCAAGGAGCUCCGGGAAAUCAGAAGCCUGCCACCAAACAUAAAAUAUCUUUCUGCUAUCAAUUGCAAAUCCUUGACUUCCGAGUCUAAGGAAAUUUUACUGAAUCAGAAACUACAUGAGACUGGGGGUACACAUUUCAAAUUCCCAGGAUCUGCUAUCCCAAGUUGGUUGAAUUACAGUAGAAGGGGCCCAUCCCUGCGUUUCUGGUUUCGUAACAAGUUCCCAGCAAUUACUCUAUGUGUUGUUGGAGUUUUUGGUAGUCUGCUUAAGUGUAAGAUGGACCCUAUCUUAACUGCCAUGAUACAGGCCCCAGUGAUUACCGUAUUUGCUGCUACAAAAUAUUCAAUUCAGACAAAUCAUACAAUUCUGUCUGAUCUGUUGAUUGAAUUUGGCAGUAAUAAAUUUGAAAGAUUCCUUAUUGAGAAUAAAUGGUACAGUGCAGAGAUUUCAUUUGAGGAUAUUUAUGGAAUAACAGACAUUGAAUGGAUGGGAGUACAUGUACAGGAACAUAAAACAAACAUGGCAGAUAUUCAAUUUACAGAGCCCAAGCUUACAAUGGUAGACAGUAAAUUCUGGAUUCACUUUAUUACUGAUGUCGGAAAACAAUUGAAAUGUGGUGAUGCCUAUUACUGUUAUCUCCCACCAUUGAGACCAAAUGAAGGAGGCGAAGACUAUGACUGGCUUCAAGUGUACAUUCUGAUUCUCUCUGUGGGACUCCAUUGUCUCCUUCUCUGAAAUUCUUCCGUGUCUCAGAGCAGAUUUUAGGAUGCUUCUACAUUUUCUAUCAGCUUUACAUACUGCAUAGCCAUUCAGAGUUCUGUCAGUUCCUCUGUUUCUGCCUAAUUUUCUCCUCUGUUUUUAGGAUGUUUUGUGUGGGAUGAGUUCAUUUAGCUGAAAAUCUUGCAAUAAUAACUUUAUCACUCUUUGAAAGUGUGGAAGUGAUAGCCUUUAAAUUGGAAUCCAGUAAGAAGCAAAUUGAAUGUGCAGUGAUUCACUGUAAAAUGCUGUUCUGUUGAUUGAUGCUACUAACUAGUAGUGUCUAAGCAGUUUAUAAUAAGAUGGAGCAUUUCUAGAAAAUCAAAAGAAUGCAAGGUACUGCUAUCAUUAUUGCAGUCGGGGUUGUUGGUUAUAAGAAAAUUAAACUCGCAAAAAUAAUAUAUACUAAAGGUUAAAUUGACCGUGCACAA